AUGGAGAGUGAUGGCGACAGCGCUACUGAUCGAGAAGAUAGCUUAACACGAGUAUCGGCUAAGAGAAAGCGUUAUAAGCAGAAGUUUCGGGAAGAAUGGUUGCUGAAUAAAGAAUAUAGUGACUGGCUAAGAAAGGAUAAUAGGGACUUAUCGAAGGCGGUCUGCAAUGUUUGCAAUACAUCUUUCAGUGCCGAAAUAAGUGUAAUAAAACGCCACAAAGAAGGAACUAAACACGUGAAUAAUUUAAAGAGGUGUAGUGCUUCAACGUCCAAAAAACAACAGUCUAUAGUAAGCGUUUUUAAAUCCAUGCCAACUAAUGAAAAGCAAUUGGUAAAGACUUCAGAAAUAAAAUUAGCUGCUUUUGUUGCUGAGCAUAAGGUAUCUCAUAAUGUCAUGAAUCACUUAGCAGAUUUGUUACCAAAGUUGUUCCCAGAUUCUCAGAUAGCCAAAGAUAUUAGAUUAAAAAGAACUAAAGUUCAAGCUGUGAUAAAUAACUGUAUUGGGGAAACUGAAAAAGAAAACUUGAUCAGUGACUUGAAAUCACAAAUGUUUUCAAUUUUGAUAGACGAAAGCACAGAUAUUGCUGUAGUAAAAACAGUAGCUGUAGUGGUCAGGUAUUUUGAUCCAAUGAUUGGUAAAGUUAUCACUCGGUUUUGGAAUUUGAUUCAAUUAUUUGAUGAGAAAACCACCGAUCAUGUUGCAAAUGCCGAAAAACUUUUUGAUACUGUUAUAGGUUCAUUUCAAAAGUAUGAGAUUCCUACGGAAAACAUCAUAGGUUUCGGCUCUGAUGGAUGCAACACAAUGAUGGGAUGUAACAAUUCAGUUUCAAGUCGAUUUCGUCAACGUUGUCCAGGCAUAAUUGUGAUCAAAUGCAUUUGCCAUUCUCUGCAUCUUUGCGCUAGUGACGCAUGUAAAGAGCUUCCACUAAAUUGUGAAAAAAUGGCGCGAAAUAUUUAUAAUUAUUUUAAAUCCAGUAGUAAAAGGCAGAGUGAGUUGAAAGAGUUCCAGUAUUUUGCUGAGGCGGAUGUGCACAAAAUUCUAAGACCAGCCCAGACUAGAUGGUUGUCUUUAAAUGCAGUAGUGCAAAGGAUUCUGGAACAAUGGGAUGUAUUACGUCUUUAUUUCAAUAGCAAAUGGCUGGAAGAAUCGGAGUGCCACGAUAUUCAUGCAUGCCUGAAUGAUCCCAUAAUCAAGGCUUAUUACUAUUUUUUGGCUUGGAUGUUGCCAAAAUUUACAACAUUAAAUAGCUGUUUUCAGAGCGAAUCUAUUUUAAUUACGAAACUACAUGGGAAAAUGACAGCUUUUUAUAAAGAACUGUUACUAUUGGUUUUACACAGAAAUUAUGUAAAUUCCGCUCCUAUUGAAACUAUAGAUCCAAUGACAGAAAUAAAUCACAAGGACCUAAAAGACAUAUAUCUAGGUUUAGGUGUCCAGAAAGAACUAGAUUCUGUUGAAAAUGAAGAAAGAAAGUUAACUCUCAGAAAGAUGUGUAAAAAUUUUAUUAUUAGAGCUUGUGUGGGCCUUCGUAAACGAUACUGUUUUAAUGACAAAAUUAUGACAGAAAUAGCAAAAUUUGAUCUAGAGAAAGUAAUUUCUGAUGACAGGGAAGAGUCAGUUUCGUCGUUAUUUCCAUUACUGCCCAGAAUUGCCCCAACUUCAAUCCAACAUCAACAAGAACUAGAUGAUGAGUGGCGGAAGUUGCCGUUAUACUACAAAGAUUUGGAUUUAAGUCAACCCCCCUGA